AUGAAAAGUGCUAUUACACUUGUAAGAAUCAUCACUAUUGAUAUAGCUAAAUAAAUGGAAUUACUCAAAAAGGUAGAUGCAUAACUUUACCGAAAUUCAAGAUGGCAUAGUGUUUGCUUAAUUAUUAGAAGAUUAGUAAAUAUAAUGUUCAAAAUUUCUAGUCUAGGGAUGGAUGUCAGAAGAGCAUUAUGGAACCAAAUUAUUCAUAAUAUACAAUUGGCAAGAAAAAAAUAUAAAUUAGAUGUUAUAGACUUUGAUGAUGACAUCGCACUUUCUGAUUGCAAUUUAGAAUUAGCAAAAUUUAUAUAGUACUUUAUAAAUACACUGUUACGAGUGAAUUCACAAUAUUUGAUAGAGAUGAUGUAAUAAUUACUGCCGCAAUAAUAAUAAGAGAUCAUGGGAUUUUUGUAAAACCCAAUUGACGACAUUGGAAGUUUUCAAGAUUUUGGAUAAUUUGAGCAUUAGACAACUAAUACGAUCAUUACUUUAGAAGAAAGCCUUAAUGUAAAGGAUAGUAUCAUAGCACAACAAAAUAAACAAAUUGAAUAGAUGAAAAUUGAAUAUCAGAAUAAAGUCGAAGAUUAACAAUUGAAAAUUACAGAAUUGCGGGAAAGAAUAGGACAGUUAUAUGAUUCAGAAGGAUUCUUCUUAUCAAAACUAAAUUGUGGAGAUUUUGAGGAAGUGCACAAUAAAUUUUAGGAAUAUAUAAAAGAAAUCGAAAACAAUAAACAAAUAAUAGAAGACAUGAAUUAUCUAGUGUAAAACCAGUAAAAGGAAAUAGCUAAGGUGCAAUAAAAGAACUAAACCCUUAAAUCAUAGUUACUGUCAUGUCCCCCAACUGCAAGGUCAAUUGAACCAGAAUAACAAUAGAUCAUAAUAAAAGAUCCGUAGGAAUUGAAAACGAUAGAGAGUUUGAAGGCUCAAAUCCAAGGGAUCAAGGAAGAGCAUUAAAGGAUUUUAGGAGUAAAGCAAGCUUAAUAUGAAUCAUAAUUAACCACGUUAAGGAGGAGCCUUUACGAGGCGGAAUAGUAGGCAACAUCGUUUAAGAAGAAGAUGGAGAAGUUUAAAUUAGAACUCGAAGAAUAUUAAAGCAUGAAUUAAUAUGAUAAGAAACUUCCCUUUGAGAGUUUAAGACAUCAAGGAGUAUAUUCAUAAAACAAUAGUUAUAUAUGCGAGGUUGAGUAACGAUUUGGAUAAUCACCAAAAUCAACAUGUCUUGAUUUUUUCUAGUCUCAAAAUAAAUCUGAAAUAGAUCAUGCUAUGUCUCAGAAUAAUUAAUCAUUAAAAUAUAUGGAUGAAACCAACAUUACCAAGUUGCAGUUGUAAUUAAAAGAGAAAUCCAAUAAGGUGACGUAACUGGAAAGAUAGUUAAAUGUGGUUCAGUAAGGUUCUCAUUCAAGGAGGAAUUCAAUGACAAAAUAAUUUUAAAUUUAAUAGGAACGGACUUUUGAGUAGCCUAGUAUUUUAGACGUAUUUUUUAUCUAUUAUUAAAGACACUAAGAUAGUAUGUUGAGUUGUCGUAAUAAAAGGAUAAGGAGAUCAAUGAAAUAAGACAGUAAUAGAAUUAAAAUUUUAUAGAUUUGUGCAAAUAAAUAAUAAAAUAAAAUGAAUAGAUUUAGAAAUUAAAUGCUGUAAUUGUGAAUAAUAAAACUCCUGAUUAAAUGCAAGAGAUAACAGAAAAACAUUAAAAUGAUUUACAAGCUUUACAUCAAUAUUAUGUUGAAGUUUUAAAUAAUAAAGAUGAGUUGCUUCAUUUAAUAAUUUCUCUAUUCUAUGAUGUCGUGAAAUGA